GUUCCAAUGUUGAUUGUCGACAUGUGAACAAGGUGGCAUACGGGAAAACAUACCGUGUGAAAAAAUACGGAAUGCCUUGUUUUUCUGUGAAUACAAAGCUAGGUACAGCUAUGAUAGACAGCAUAGGCGGCCCUGACAAAGUCAACAAUAUGUUGUCGACUCUUAAUAUACCCCCUAUUAGUGGUAAAAAUCUGAAAAGUAUGGAGAGGCGUGCUGGUGAAGUUGUUGAGGAAGUGGCCAGAAAAUCUACGCAGAAUGCAGCAAUUGAAGCAUUCAGGAUGGAAAUGCAAGAUGCUGCCAAAGAGGAGUCGGAAAAAGCAUUAGCAACUAUGGGCCCAGUAGUGGAAGACCUUGGUGUUUGCCCACUUCCUGAUGCGUCUCCAUCAAUCAGACAAGUAUUUUCUACUGUGUGCGAUGAAGUGACUAAAGAUCAUGCUGCAGACCAAAACAAAGGUUACUCAACAGGUGCUGAUGAUGAUGAAUGGGAAGAUUUGCCUAAUGAAGGCAAUUUUCCACCACUAAAGCACCCUUCUUAUCUGCAUAAAAUGAAGAGCUUGACAAGGAGGAAGGCAUCCAAAUUGUCUAAUAGCACAAAAAGAGCAUUGCAGUUUCCAUGCAAAGCAAGAUCAGGCAUGACCGUUGCUGUGGAUACGGCAUGGCAGAAACGAGGCUUUGAUAGUCUUACUUGUGAACACAACUGCUGGGCUAUCUCCUGGUACACAUACUGAGCAGUAUGCCACAAAGAUGGCAAAGAAGAGGAAGGCCAUGCAAGAGAAGUCACAGCUGCCAUCCACAAAGCGUAGGCGUAUGAUUCUAAAGCAAGAACGAGCUGUUGUUCAGAGCGCAUCUGAAGUACUCGAAGGAAUAUCAUACCAAUCAGGUAUCGGACAUGAUGCUGAUACGGACAUUGAAAGUUUACCAGAGGCGGUACCACGGGGCAUUUUUAAACCCAUUCAUAUGAGUGAGGGAAAUACUGCAUCCUUUGUAACAUUUGACUUAGAAACUACUGACCUCAUUCGUGGACGAGUUGUACCCCACAUUACACAAAUGGCGGCCCAUGAACUACACUCUGGAGCAUCCUUUUCUGUGUAUGUGAUUCCUAGUUUGCCUAUAUCUAGCUCUUCACAACAAGUCACUGGCAUAGCUAUGAAUGGGUCCAACUGUAUGACAGUCAAUGGUAGACCUGUGGAGGCUUUAGAUAUACAUGGAGCAUUUGAUGGUUUCAUCAAAUGGAUAAAAUCAUUUCCAAAUGCAGUAUUGAUUUCUCAUAAUGGCAGACGUUUUGACUUUCCUGUACUCCUGAAAACUGUUAUGGAUAUUGGUAAAACUGGCGAGUUCUUUGACAAUGUAUGUGGGUUUAUAGACUCGCUUGCAGUAUUUAGGAAAAUAUAUCCAGGUAGAAAAACAUACAAACAAGAAGAUUUAGUGAAUUCACUUUUGAACACAAGUUAUGAUGCUCAUAAUGCAAUUGGUGACGUCAGAGCUUUAGGAAAAUUGAUUGAGCAUGUGGCGCUUUCAACACAAGAGCUUCUGCAGUACAGUUUCCCCCCACGUGCUGUCCAAAGUGCCUUUCUAUUCAGGGAGGAAAAAAGCAAAAAAUCUGCCUACACUGAAUCCUCUAAUUAGCCAUGGAGUUAUGAAGAUGUGUACUGCAGAAAAUGUUGCUGGUUCUGGCCUACAGCUUACCCAUCUUAGAAAAAAUUUUCAGCGUGAUGGAGAAGAUGGACUUAGAAGUACAUUUAUUGCGCCAAAUUCCGAAGGACAACCACGAGUGACAAAUGUAAAAAGAACCCUUGAAAGUGUUGUACCUAAAUUGGUAGAUUAUUUUGUAAAGAAUUAAUUCUUUUCAAUUAUUAUUACAUGUGCUAGAAUAUACAUGUAUUUGCAUUUACAUGUAUAUCUGUCAACAUAUUUGAUACGUUUUUUAUUUCUUUUACCUCAGUGGCUCCUAUACAUAUAUUUGUACAUAGAUAAAUGUUUUCCUAAGGUAUAUAUUGAUAUGUACCUAAUUCUGUGUUGAUAUUACAAGGAUAUGCUGAUCUAAUAUUUGAAAAUAUGUAAUGUUCAAAAUGUACAUAGUUGUCCUCGUAACCAUGGUAACAUACAUUUAAUAAGAUGUGAGAAAUGGGAAUUUUUUUCUUUCUUGUUAACACUUCUGCAUUUAUCUGUGAAUAAUGUAAUUGUUUUCAGAAGUUGUUUUUGUCCAAGAGAGCAUUGAAAACUUCAAAACGAUGAAAGUUGUGAAAAUUCGACUUUUGAAAUUAUGUCAUCGAGCUUUUAAAUUCCUUGUUAUUAAAAAUAUGAACGGUAAAAUAUUUUAAACUUUGCUUUUUUAAUUUCAUACUCUUUGAAGAUUUUUGCUGUAAAAGAAUUAUCAUGGUGCCAAAAUAAAUAUGAUGCCAAAAUUCAUGUUUCCUUUGGCACGUGUGUGUCAAUCUCAUAAUAAUUGUCAAGUAAGAUCUUAUGUUUUAACCUGGUUAAAUAAUAUUAAAGGUGAUAGAAGAAAAAUGUUGUUAUUAUUGUAAUAAUUGACAACAAUGAUGUUUUCCUGAAUUAUUUAUUUUUGAUGAUCAUUGAAGACAAAAAAAUAAUUGAGUUGGUUUUGAUCAUAUCAUGAUAUUUGGUGUUGAAUUGGGGGUGGGUUACUUAAAAUGUGCAUAACUAAAGAAAUAAACCGUAAAAAUUGUUGAAAAUUUGGGAAUAAAUGGCCAAAAUGAUACUCUUCAAGAAAAUAUUAGGCUUGGUUAAUUUCUCAAUAUUGUCCAUUAGGGGUGGAAUACCUUAAUGG